GCUCCAGUCCACAGUAGGGACAGGCCCUAAUUUUCUUGCUUUGGCUAAUGAGCUUAGCUCGUGCUGAGCAGCUUUUAGCCCUGCAGGUUGCUGUUGUAGUGGGCACUGGUUAGCCCUUAGUGGUUAGCGAGAGGAGCCAGAGCAGAGGACUGGAUCUGAGGAGAAUCAGAGCAGCAGCCAAAGCUUCACCACUCCCCUGUUUUCCUACCAGGACCACCUCUGCGUGUGCCGGCACUGCGGCUGGGACGUCUCUCUACUCUCUCCCCUCCCUCCUUCCCUCCUCUGCCUCUCUCUAACACUACCUGUCUCCCUUCUCUCUCCCUCUCUGUCUGUCCCGGAGCGCUGACAAAGUGCUUUGGUAGCUGCAUCACCUCUUGGGCAGCUGCAUUCUACCUUGUAGUUCCAUCUCUUUCACUUCUUUUCUGUCUUAACCUCUCACCUGACUUUGUUGCCAAAAUGUACCGUAACCCGUGGAUUUCGAAUUACCUGAGUCAAGUCAAGUUUUGCAGUCAAGGACUUGGAAGUGAGACCCCCAUUAAAAUAAGCAAUCCCAGAUUGCUACAGAAGAGAGCACUGAGCUUCCAGAAAGAAUUCUCCUUUGACGAAAAAGACGAACCAGCCAAAAGCACCAAGGAUAUAGAUGUUAGUCUCUUGGCCAAUCUCCCAAAAGUGUCUGAAUUGAGGAAACGAUUUGAAGGUAUUACCACAAGCGCAAGUGACUGGGAAAUGAACAGAAAGGAGCGUAUCGCCCGACGGUUGGAGGGCAUAGAGGGUGAGGCACAUCCAUCUCUGCUGCCAACCUUGGUGGCCAACCGGCUUCUGGAGGAGGACACACCAAGAUACACCAGAGCCUCUGACCCCUGUGAGCCCUGUGCUGUUACAGUCCAACGGUAUGGAAUGGAGGGAUUUGAAAGCCCAGAAAUGCAGCUGAAGGCUCCAGAGCAACAGUCCAGAGCUCGAUGCAGGCCUGAUUCUCAAUCCUCCAUCCACAUGGAACCAGUCCACGUUUCAGGUUCCAUGACCGGUGCCCCAGAGCUGGAGUCCAAGGCUGAACGCAUUGCCCGCUAUAAGGCAGAGCGGCGCCGGCAGCUGGCUGAACGCUAUGGGAUCUCUUUGGAUCAGGAGCCAGACCUGGACCACACCUCCCGCUACACCCGCAGCCAGAAAGAGUCAGAGGGCUCAGAACGGCAUGCUAGAGGUGGCUCAGUGGGGGAGGAAGGCAAGGACAUCACCCUUAGUGCUUACACCGGCACCUCAGCCACUAGCCCGAGAGCGGGACGCUCAGCACUACCGUACAGCCACGCCGACCCCGGCUAUGAUGUUGGUCGAACCAGGGUGGACUCAUUCUCAGAAAGAGAGAGACUGAUGAACCUGGAGAAUCAGCGCAGGGCUGCUUCACACGAGCCUCCAUCCUCUUCCUCCUACAUGGAUGUAACUUCAUUGUCCUCCUCUGCCAGGGUGCCUGCUAAGGACUGUUCAGUAACAGGGAUGCCACCCAGCUCGCCCAAGCUGAGCAGACACCCGUCCAUCUCCUCACCCAAACAUGGGGUGUCUCCUGGUGACCUAUUCAUUGAGCAGCAGGCCCACAACAUCCUCAGCAGACAGGGUGUGAGAUCGAAACUUAGCACUGAUUGGUUCCUCCAGACUGAUGCUGAGGGCGACACCCACUCCCUCAUCAACUGGCCGUCAAGAAUCCGAGUUAGGGAGCGGCUUGCCAGAGAGGAGGGCCACCAGAGAAUCCCAGACAUUGGGAAUGUUACAGAAGCCCCAGUGUAUCGCAGACAGUUUCAACAUCAACCUCAGACCUCUACACGCUACCACACAGAUCCACCAGGCCUUCAGUGGUCCCACUCCCACCCCCACCAUCAUCCCCAAGCUCAGCUCACCCACUCUGCUCCCCAGGGAGGACAGGAAGUUGGCAGUUACCCCAGUUACCUGUCCAUGGCCUCUGGUCUCACAUCUAGAGCUGGACAACCACCGCAACAACAGUUUCAGGAGGAAGAAACUGAGGAGUCGGAGGACGUGAAGACAGAGGGCCUUCUGAGGAGCAGAAAAGCAGUCCUGCCCUCAGAGAUUCGACGCAGGGAAAGGAGCACCGAGGACCCACGAAGAGGAAGAGGGGAGGAGGACCUAGAGAUGUCCAGGGUGCAAACCCUUAGCCAGGCGAGGGAGGCUGAGGUAGAGGAAGCUGCAAGAGGAGGAUCCAGAGGCAGACUCAGGUGUGAUGAAGCAGAGCACACUUCCCAUCUACAGUCUGCAGAAGGUGGACCCAGAGAGAGGGAAAAUGCCAUCUAUAUCCACAAAGGGCUGGCUGCAACCUACAUCCAUCCCAGAGCAUCACACACUGGCCCAGGAAGCUCCACAUCCAGCACAGCCUUGAACUGCUCAUUGUCAGAUGCUAGGGAUCCAAGGGGGUCCAAUCCAAGGAACCUGCAGCAUCAGAUCCAAGACCCCCGAGAGGUCAGGCAGGGUGAGGGUUUCAGCAAUGGCGAGAGUCACCAGGACACACGGGUGUCUGUGGCCCAGCUCAGACAUUCCUACAUGGAGAGCACAACCACUCCUCCAAGCCACCGCAGGAACAAGCUUGAAGUUGAGGGGGACAGGGCACUCGCGGGCUACGAGGCCCCAUGGAGAGGGGAAAGGGACAGGGGACGCAGGCCCCGACAGUUUAUCUUUCCUGGGGAGAGUAGAAAGACCUCAGAGAGGUUUAGGACACAGCCCAUCACUUCUGCUGAACGCCAGGAGACCGAUAGGUCCUGUGCGAGUUCAGACUUUGCUUCCACUGAAGCUGAUGAAGAGAAGCUAGAUGAACGGGCCAAACUGAGCGUAGCAGCCAAACGCUCUCUCUUCAGAGAGCUGGAGAAGAGCACUGAUGGUGGAGCUCCUAAACCCCGGUCCAGGAAUGCAGCUGUGGACAGGAGACUGAGACGGGCACAAGACCGAUCUAGAACUCAGCCAGUCACCACUGAGGAAGUAGUCAUUGCGGCCACUGUUCCAUCUCACGUGCCACAAACAGUGACUGUUCACACUGCUGUAACUCGCAUCCAUAGCCCCAGCCUAGUUUGCAGUACUUCCCUGCCAUACAGCCUGCAGGCAUCCUCACAGCAGAACACCGCUGCCCGGGAGCAGGUACGGGAGGCCCGGCCAACACCGGAUACCCAGGAGGUCCAGGGCUCCAGGCAGGUGAUGGCGAUGGCGGACAAAGUUGAGAAGCAGAGUCAGGGUCAAGAGGAACCUGACCUCUGUACCCUCAGCCUGGCAGAAAAGAUGGCACUGUUCAACCGGCUGGCUCAGCCUCCUACCAGGGUCACUCGCACAAGAGGCAACACACGGCAACGCAGGGCCAGUGCUCGCUACCAGACACAGCCCAUCACAAUGGGAGAUAUGGAACAGGAGCUCUCAGACAUAGACAUCAGGGAUGAACAGGAGCUGUGUGACAGCCCAGUAGAACUCCUACAACUUCAAAAUGGUGCCGGCUCUUAUUUUGGACCCCUUCCGUCUUCAUCAUCCUCGUCUACACUCAAAGCAGGAGGCACCGUCUCCACUGACCAUGCCGGAGACAUCCACAUCACCAGAGCAACAGCUCACGUGGACCCAAUCCCUCCCAGCUCUGACAGGUCUCUGCCUCCUCACCAUACAGACAGUCCGGCCUGGAGGUCCCAGGACGCCUCGGACCACCACAGGUACCAACUCUUGUCCCAAGGAGAAGACAGAGCUGAUCUGGGAGGGGGGAAGAGGAGGCUGCCCUCUCCAGAGGGAGUGGUCAGGCAGGCCGCUCUGCCCCAUCCUCAGACUGGAAGAGAGAGGACGGGAGCUGAGGAGGAGGAAGAGGGGGGGCAGCAACAGCGACUGUCCAGAGGGAGGGAAGAGGCAGCAGUGCAGAGCUCAGAGAGCCACAUGCUGCUGGAGAGGCAGGAGCAGAGGGGGUAUCUGAAAGAGGAAGGAUACUACUCAGACACCCAGAGGAGCAGGGCCAUCACUGGAGAGCCAGUAGAGUCCGUGUUAACAUACAGAGGAGCAUCUGGUUCACCCAGGAGUGUUUGUCAGCCUCCAGUGGGGGACACAUAUACAACCGGCAGUGGACUCGCAGACGGCCUGAUUCAGCUUGCACAGGGGGAUGAGCUGAGUGACAUGAUGUCGACCCGACAAAUGUCCAUCAAAGAGAGAGUUGCCCUACUAAAGAAGAGCGGCGAGGAGGACUGGAAGAACAGGAUCAACAAGAAGCAGGAUGUGGUAAAAGUUGCCGUGGGUGAGCAGCACGCUCAGCUCUGGGAGGUGGAGCAGAGCUUCAAGAAGAAGGAUGAUGAAGCACUGAUGAUGAUCGAUGAGUUUGCUGUGUCCGACCAGCUCUGGGAGCCAGUCUUUGUUGCUACUUUCUCUCCUCCUCCUGAGCCUCCUUUCCAUUCUUCUUCCCCUGAUGAGACAGCUAGCCAGGCCACCAGAUCUCCCAGACCCACGCAGGUGGAUGAAAGACACCCCUGGAGACGGAAGAGAAUAGCGGAGUCUGAGAUGGAGUUCCAGAGGAUAGAGGCUCACAUGUCUAUCCAGGAGAGGAAGCAGCUGAUAGUGGCCCAGGAGGAGGCCUGGAAGACCAAAGGCCAUGGAGCUGCCAAUGACUCCACCCAGUUCACUGUGGCUGCACGCAUGGUGAAAAAAGGACUGGCAUCCCCCUCUGCCCUCCAGUCUCCAGUGCUGUCCAAACCCAAGAACAGCAGCCUUGCCAUCUCCAAACCACAGGAAGACAUGGAGGAGAUUUCUGAUACUGAAGAGAUUAAGGCUGUAUCAGAUCUGAAUCUGGAGUCGGACCAGAAGUUGGAUAAACUGGAGUCAUUCCUUGGCAAGAUAAACAGUAAAGUGCCUGGACUUCCAGAAGCAACCAUCACAGUGACUGAGAAGAAGGUAAAGGAAGUGAUGACCCUCGAAGAUGAAACCUUUUCCAAGUUCUACCGCCAAGUGGAGGAACUCCCUUCCAUCACUAACAAGGUGGAAAUAAACGAUGACUUUGAUGCCAUUUUCGGCCCUCAGGAGCCAAAGCUGACUUCAGAGAUGGUACAGCACAAGCGAGCGGUGCGUCCGGCACGUAACGUCCAAUCAUCCAGAAACCCUCUGAAAAUGUUGGCUGCCAGGGAGGAUAUCAGACAUGAGUACACAGAACAGAGGCUCAACAUCGGUCUGUUGGAGAGCAAAAGGAUGAAGGCUGAGAAGAUGAAUAAGAACUCUGGUUUCUCUGAAGUGGCUCUAGCUGGUCUGGCAAGCAAGGAGAACUUCAGCAAUGUCAGCCUGCGCAGUGUCAACAUCUCUGAGCAGAUGUCCAAUAACAGCGCUGUGCCUUACAAGAAACUCAUGCUCCUGCAGGUCAAAGGCAGACGGCACGUCCAGACAAGGUUGGUGGAACCCAGAGCAUCGUCACUGAACAGCGGUGAUUGUUUCCUGCUCAUCACACCACACAACUGCUUCAUCUGGACUGGGGAGUUUGCUAACAUCAUUGAGAAGAGCAAGGCUUCAGAGCUAGCUAAUUUCAUCCAGAGCAAAAGAGAUUUGGGUUGCCGAGCAAACUAUGUCCAAGUCAUCGAGGAAGGCAUCAACACACACAGCCAUGCUGUCAAGGAGUUCUGGAAGAAUCUGGGAGGGCAGUCAAGUCAUCAGUCUGCAGGAACACCAGAUGAAGAUGAGUUGUAUGAGAGCGCCAUUGUGGAAACAAACUGCAUUUACCGGCUCAUGGAUGACAAACUGGUCCCAGAUGAUGAUUUUUGGGCCAAGAUGCCCCGCUGCUCCCUGCUCAACCCCAAAGAGGUUUUAGUUUUUGACUUUGGCAGUGAGAUGUACAUUUGGCAUGGGAAGGAAGUAACUCUAGCACAGAGGAAAGUGGCCUUUCAGCUGGCUAAGCACCUGUGGAACGGCACCUUCGACUAUACAAACUGUGACAUCAACCCGCUGGACCCGGGAGAGUGCAACCCACUCAUACCGAGAAAAGGCCAGGGCCGACCUGAUUGGGCAGUGUUUGGCAGACUGACUCAACAUAAUGAGACCACACUGUUCAAAGAGAAGUUCGUGGACUGGAGCGAUUCCAGGAAAACACCCAGUCCCACAAAAAACACCAGCGAUCACAUCACUGAUCAAAAGGAGCAGCACAUCUCCGAUCAGCCUCAUGCGUAUGAUGCCUCCCUGAUGCUGCCCCUUCAUCAAGCACCCGUCUGCACCAUCCUUGACGGGUUCAGUGUGGGUCGGGGCUAUGGCCUGGUGGAGGCAGAGGAGUGGCGGAGCUACGAGAUCAGCACUCUGGCGGUGGAGGUGUGGCAUAUCCUGGAGUUCGACUACAGCCGCCUGCCUCAUCAGAGCAUCGGCCAGUUCCACGAGGGUGACACCUACGUGGUGAAGUGGAAAUACAUGGUCAGCACUGCAGUUGGGAAGAGACAGAACCCAGAGCAGCUGAAGACAGCAGGAGCUGGGAAGGAGAAGUGCUGUUACUUCUUCUGGCAAGGCCGCAACUCUACCAUCAGUGAGAAAGGAACGUCAGCGCUCAUGACGGUGGAGCUGGACGAGGAGCGGGGAGCACAGGUUCAGGUUCAGCAGGGUAAGGAGCCUCCGUGUUUCCUGCAGUGCUUCAAAGGAGGGAUGGUCGUCCACUCAGGAAAGAGAGAAGAGGAGGAGGAAAACUCACAGAAUGAUUGGCGUCUGUACUGUGUACGUGGAGAGGUGGAGGUGGAGGGCCACCUGCUGGAGGUGGCUUGUCACUGCAGCAGUCUGCGCUCCAGAGUCUCUAUGGUGUUGCUGAGCGUUAGCCAGGCCCUCAUCUACCUGUGGCAUGGUUGCAAGUCCCAGAUACACACACAGGAGGUGGCACGCACCGCCACAAAUAAGAUCAAACAACAUUGUCCUCUGGAAACAGGCCUCCACAGCAGCAGCAAGGUGUCCAUCUGGGAAUGUGAUGAGGGGGCAGAGCCCACAGGAUUCUGGGAAGCCCUCGGGAGGAGGGACAGGAAAGCGUAUGACUGCAUGUUGCAAGGACCUUCUGCAGUGAGCAGCGAUCUUUUUCCUCCACAUUCUUCUGCCACAGCUUCAUGAAGUCCCUGUGGAGAGCCAGUUCCUGGAGGAUGGCAUGUCCAUGAGGCCUGUACAGAUGCAUGUUUCUUAUUUAGCACUUUAGUGCGUAAACACAAGACUGAACAUAGAGGAGACACAAACCAGAAACCAGCAGGUCUGACCUCAGUGAGCUGCAGUGAUAACUGACCUGACUUCAGCAGCAGCAUCCAGAGACACCUUACUGACAGCAGUAAGGAAGCGCUGGGUGAAGCUCUGCCCUGCUGUCAGAACUUUAGCUGCUCCCAGUCUGUCGGCCAGCAGGUGGAGCUGGUGAGCAGUGCUGGCUCUUACUGCAGUGCUCAGGUGGCUGAGGAAGGACAAACACAACCAAAUUCACUAUGCUUGAUUUGACUUCUUUUGAUUGCUGGUGCUACUACACUUGUUCAUAAAUCAUGAUCAUCCACUGUGCUCUUACCUCAGCCCUGUAUUCAGCAGAACAGACAACACUCGACUGGGGCUGCAGUUCUGCACCAGAGCCUCCAGGGUCUCAUUGGCCUGCUGCUGAACAAAGGCAUUUCCACACGCUUGUGCGAUUUUCAGCAGCAGAGACCGACCUGUCCUCUGUGCCUCAGUGUCCAUGCCCCUCUGUAGGUGGACAUAAAGAGAACGGAUGGUGUCCAUGGCUGCAAGGGCCACUGAGGAGCGCAGGUUGUUAACCUAGAGACCAAGAAUGAACAGCAGUCAGUAAUCAUACUUGUAACACAAUGGACUGAUGUGCUGUGGACUCUUACAGACACAUGUGGACAAAGACGAGCAGCAGGAAAAGAGAGACAGAGAGAAAAAUGUUCUCAGUACCUCUUCUAUCACAACCAGACAGACUUCAUGCAGUUUCAGCAUUAGUGUGUCUGGAUGGUGUUGCGCCAGAGCUGAGAUGCAUCGCAGCCCUUUACCCUUCAUCAUCCUGUGUUGAAAAAAAAAAAGCACAGUUAUUCAUGUGUCUGACACUUUGAAGCUCCAACAUGUUCUGUCUCCAUUACUGAGCUGUGUAAAGUAGCUGCUGACAGUUUGUCAAGUCACUGGACCAAUUAAAGAACCAAACUCAGAUUAAAACUCAUUGACAAUAAACUAUUUUGUUGUAGCGGACACAGCUUGACACAGUUAAAGUAAAAGUUGUUUUCACUGCAGCACUGCAGGCAGAAAUGUGUCUCCUGUCUGCAGUUUGAGUCUCACCAGUCGUCUGAGUUGAGCAGUUUGAAGCACAGAGACAGACUCUCUGCAGGGUUAGAGAGCGGCUGCAGAUACUCCUGAUUCUGACUUCCUGCUGUCUGGAACCUGCAGGUAACAUCUGUCAUUUGGUCUCUGCUGACUGUCUUUGCAGGUCGCACAGACCUCCCAUGAGCUGCUCUCUUCUUUGGUAGGGAGGGUUUUGGAGGGGGAGCUGGAGUGAGAGGUGCCACUACAGGUUUCCUUGUAGCCAGUGCUGGUGGUCGUGGCAACACUGCAACAGAGUUACCCUGUAGUUUCUUGACUUUUUCUCUGAUCACCUCCAUAUGAUGUUGAGCUGUCAGGCGCCUGUAUCCACCAGCUACUUCUUUGUCUGUUUAGAUUAAGAGCCAAAUAUACAUUUUGUUUGUUUACAUCUGAGAAUGGACAAAGAAUGAAACGGUACAAGCUAAAAGAGAAAUGUAUGUUUCAUUUCAGUGACAAGCAAUAUGAUCAUUGGUAUCAAAACUGUAAGUGUGUCUGUCCUGCACAGUGAAGGCUUUUAGUUUCUGUACUGUAAGUGCAUAUACAUCAGGGUUAAUUAAAGCAAGAAUUUGAAGGCAUUAAUCAAGUUGUUUUUAAGAUUUUUCAACUGGUAUUUCUACUUGUCCUAAAAUAAUCCAUCAACAAUAAGAACUUAAAUCUGGUUAGAAAACACAUUUAGGUUAUUUGAGACUCAGUUGUAGCCUUAAAUGUCUUCAGCUGUGUCGUUCUGACUUUCAGUUUGUCUAAUGAAGAACUGACCUGGUCCCCUGAGCUUCGUCGUCAUCACAGGGAGAUGGUUUACUCUUCUUUUGAGUAGAGGAGCUGAUGGUGGGGGAGGGGAUGGGGUAUAGAUGAGCGAGAUGGCCUUCAGCUCACAGGGAGUGUGAACAUCCACCAUGCUGAGGGUGUCCUCAGAGGUCACAGAAGCUGAUGGGCUGGAGAUCUGGUCUCUGUCUGGAUGCAGCUGGUCCCCCUCCCCGUCCAGGAUUUCUGGACUCCUCUGGUAUCUCUGCAUCUCCUCUGUGUCCUCCUUUGUCAGAUUAGAAGGACUGAUCGAUGAAACGGGUCUCAUCUUCUUUCCUUGGAGCAGUGAUGCAGACCUGCAUCUGAGAGCAGCUGGGGGCUGAGGUGAAGGGAGGGGAUCCUGCUGGCUGCAGAGCCCCAGCCUCUUCAGCACAGAGUUGGUCCAUGCUAACUCUGCAGCAUGCAGCCUCUGUGUUUGAAGGAGGAGAGCCUCACUCUUUGCAUUCUCUAAGUCCACAAUUCUGGACUGACUGUUGACACCAGGACACUCUGGUCUCUGGUGGCUCUCUGUACUCUGUGAUAAAAAAAAAAAAAAAAUCAUUUCAAGCAUGAAAUUGAUUGAGUUUAAAUAUUAUGACAUGAUUUUGCUACUGGUUUGACUUGAGCUUGUUCAAUAAACUAAAUUCUUAGCUUUACGGGCAAAUAUUACACUGUCACACUCGUUCCAACACAACACAGCUGAAAUGCUUGUCAGAGGAUAUAAGAAUUACUGAAUUAAUUCAACAUUUUAGUUGUACUUGAAAACUCAGAUGACGGCUAGAUAAUGGAAGGAAUGAAAAUCGUAAAAAUAAACUGCAUUUCUUCAUUCUCUGUCAUCUUUGGACAGAGGCAGACAA